AUGUCACAUGGAGGUAAAAAUAGAAGAAGAGGUAAAAAUGAAAAUGAAUCUGAGAAAAGAGAACUUGUAUUUAAAGAAGAUGGUCAAGAAUAUGCACAAGUUAUAAAAAUGCUUGGAAAUGGUCGCUUGGAAGCACAAUGUUUUGAUGGAGAAAAACGUUUAGCACACAUUCGUGGUAAACUACGGAAAAAAGUUUGGAUUAAUCAAGGAGAUAUUAUCUUGAUUUCGCUUCGUGAUUAUCAAGAUUCCAAAGCUGAUGUUAUUUUAAAAUAUACAACUGAAGAAGCAAGGAACUUAAAAGCAUAUGGAGAAUUGCCAGAAAAUGCGAAAAUCAAUGAGACAGAUACCUUUGGACCAGAAGAUGAAGAAUGUAACUUUGAAUUUGAUGUUGACGAGGUAGCAGAACUAAAUACCAAGAAUAACCAAGUUUCACAUGAAAGUAUUAAUACUGCAAAUAUGCAAUCCAGUAAUAGGUCCAUUGAAACCAACAAGUUUUGGGCAGAAUUUCAAUCAGCUGCAGACCAACUUUAUACUACCUCCAGGCAUGUUUUUGUCCAUUUCUCACCAUGGAAUUUCCAUGUUGCAGAUU